AUGCAGUCAGAAAUUGGGCGACUCGCCUUGAUCAUCUCUCGUGCGACCUUCAUACUUGAUGCAUCAGAGUCUGGAUACAAUACCACUGAACAUACCUUCGAGGCCAAAUCCACACCGACCACUCCUCCCUCGACAGAAGAGGAAGUCAAAGCAAAGCAUGACGCCAUUAACGCGUGUAUGGAACUGCUGGAUCGAUUGCAAGGGCCGUUAGCAGGCCUGCUACCUUUGUGGAAUGGCGCGGCUAUACAGGCUAUUUCGCGAUAUCGCAUCGCCAACCAUGUCCCGCUGAACGGGGAGAUCUCCUAUCAAGAUCUCUCUCAGGCUUCAGGCGUCCACGUCCAUGAUCUCAAGCAGUAUAUUCGAUUCGUGAUCGCCUAUCACCGAGUCUUUUGUGAGGAGCGCAAGGGCUACGUCUCUCACUCCGCUGCGUCGCGCUCCCUCGUCGAAAGCUCAAUUGCCGCCGCUGGUGUGGCGCAAAUCGGGGAGUGGUACGACUGUUUUUCGAAAACUGUCGACGCGAUGGAUCAGUUCCCGGGACAUAAGCCCGACGAGUCGGGGUACGCCCUUACCCAUAACAACCAGGGUAUCUUCGACUACCUCAGCACGCGACCGGACAAAGGGCGACAAUUCGCCCAAGCCAUGGAAUUUUUCUCCGUCGGCGUCCCUGAAGCAUCGCCCAAAUACUUCGUCGACCGGUAUCCCUGGUCCGAUCUCCCCGCGGGAGCCACGGUGGUCGACAUCGGCGGCAGCAACGGCCACGUCGGACGCUUGAUCGCGCAGGCAAACCCGCGCAUCAACGUGGUGGUUCAGGAUCUGCCCUUCGCGGCGAAGGAUUUCCAGGCGGCGACGCAUGGGGAAGGGGGAGAUCUAGACAACAUUCGCUUUGACGCGCACGACUUCUUCACGCCGCAGACGGUGGCGGCGAACGUUUAUAUCUUCCGCUGGACACUCAUGAAUUGGCCUGACGAGUCGGUUGUGUCCAUCCUGCAGCAGCUGGUUCCUGUUAUGCGUCCGGGUGUUAAGGUGCUGGUCAACGAGAAUCUGUGUCCAGAAAGUGGCUCGCUGUCCUUGGCUGCAGAACGGUACAUUCGGUGGAUGGAUAUGCUGAUGCUGGGAGUGUACAAGUCCCGUCUCAGGGAUGAAGACGAGUGGGCCUCGUUGUUUAAACAGGCCGACAAGAGAUUUUCCUCCGUUCGGUCCUCGACGGUACCGGGUUCAGCGUUGGGGAUUGUGGAGGCAACAUGGGAGGGAGGACCGGAAUAA